AUGGGCACUACUUACAACAUCCGCCCCAAGAAGUUCGGGCCUGGCAGCCGCCAGUGGUUUCCAGAAGGUAAGCAGCAGCAGCAGCAGCAACAGCAGCAGCAGCACAAGCUGCAGCUGCAGCAGCAGCAGCACAAGCUGCAGCAGCAACAGCAGCAGCGCAGGCGAAAGCAGCAGCAGCAGUGGUGGAGGAGCGGGAGGGGGGUGGGAGUACCGUUAAGGCCGCCCCACAGUCCCUCUGGGGUGUCUGCGGAGACACCGCAGCCGCCUGCUGUCUCCGCCGUGCAUGCUGCAGCAGCAGCAGCAGCAGCUGCUGCAGCAGCAACUGCAGCAGCAGCAGCAGCUGCUGCUGCUGCUGCAGGGGUGUGGGGGCCUUGA